UAACAGUAAAGACGCUUGCACUGUAUUACUGCCAUAAAGUUGCACUGUGAAUUAAAAUAAUUGAGACAAUUUUGCAUAUUUACUGAAAACUUGUUCACAAAACUCAUCUGUUUAUAUAAUAAUUUGAAAAAUAAUGCAACAUUUUGCACGGAAAAUUUGUUCGCGGUACAGAAAUUAGGCCGUUGAACGAAACGGUAUUUUAAACUGUGAUAUAUUGUAAAAAGGGUGUCUUAAGAGGAUAGUUAAUUUUAUAAUUUUAUGAUCUGACGUCUCAUGUGAUUUUUAAUUUUUUGCUUACGGUAAAAGUCUUCAAAAGGGACACUCAGUCCGAACAUCGAGAGUAUCAGGCUGACUAUAUUUCAGCUUUUAACUACGGGACAGCCGUACCAUCCGACGACUGUCAAAAUGUAAUUGUUAGCUUCACCAUCCCAGAGUUUAAAAUUGAAAAUCCUAGAGUGCAGAAUUGACGAUCCUGAUGUGUAAACUAUAUUAUCCCGGGAGCGUUAACUUGAUUAUCUCAGAGUGUGAACCUAAUCAUACCAGAGGGUCAAAUUUAUUAUCUAUUGUUCUUCUCCCGUCAUAUAUAUACAUAGGAGUAAGAGAGACAAAAUUUUGAGCACGUUUUCGGAUGAAGAAGAGACAGGUGUGAUGUAGCCACUUCUGAUUGACAAUCCUACAGGGCCGCUUUCAUUAUCCUGAAUUGACUAUACGGUCGUACCGGAUAAUCAGGAAAAUCAUUCCGGUUCUCAACCGGAAAUUCGCCACCCUGAAAUACGAAUUUCAAAAAACAUGGAGAGGGGCCUACACGAGCGAGAUCGAGUUGGAGUCCAGGAUUUUGUGCUGUUAGAAGACUUUGAAAAUGAAAAAGCCUUUAUCGAAAAUCUGAGGAAACGAUUUCGAGAAAAUCUUAUUUAUACGUAUAUUGGACAAGUACUUGUUUCAGUAAAUCCAUACAAGAAGCUGCCAAUUUAUGAUCAGGAAACAAUUGAAUUCUAUCAGAGAAGGAAUUUUUUCGAAACACCUCCACACGUAUUUGCACUCGCCGAUACCGCCUACCAAUCACUCACUAAGGAAAACCACGACCAAUGUAUCCUAAUCUCAGGAGAAUCAGGGUCAGGGAAGACAGAGGCAUCGAAAAAAAUUUUAGAAUUCAUAGCCGCUGCAACCGGACACAAGAAGAAAGUAGAAGCUGUUAAUGUUAAAUUGAUUGGCAGCAAUCCAGUUUUGGAAGCUUUUGGAAAUGCCAAAACCAAUCGCAAUGACAAUUCUUCCCGUUUUGGGAAGUAUAUGGACAUUCAGUUUGAUUUUCAAGGUGAUCCAGUUGGUGGGAAUAUCUUGAACUACCUUCUGGAAAAAUCAAGGGUAGUACAUCAAUCAGCAGGAGAACGCAAUUUCCACAUUUUUUAUCAGCUUCUUGUUGGAGCAAAUGACGACAUUCUACGUAAUUUAUUCCUCAAACGUAAUCUCGAUACGUAUUACUACCUAAGUAGUGGGAUAAAGGGUGCAAUAGAUACUAUCGAUGAUGCUAGUCAAUACGGAGACGUAAUCGAGGCCAUGAAGGUGAUGGAAAUUUCACAAGAAGAACAGAAUGAUAUUUUUGCUAUCGUCGCUUCGGUCUUACACAUGGGAAACGUCGGUUUCACUGAAACUGAAGGAGUUGCAACAAUUUUAAAACCAGCGUCUGUUGAAGCUGUUUCUAAGUUGUUAGGAUGCGACCUGAGGGAUUUGGCCCAAGGAUUUACACAUCGCACUAUAGACGCACAUGGUGAUGUUGUAGUCACUCCUCUAAACAGAGAAUUAGCCAUUUAUGCUAGAGAUGCAUUGGCAAAAGCAGUUUAUGACAGACUAUUCACUUGGCUCGUCACCAGACUUAAUAAAUCUUUACAACCUAUGAAGUACAAUCAGCAAACUGUCAUAAUGGGAAUUUUAGACAUCUAUGGUUUUGAAAUUUUCCAAAAAAACAGUUUCGAGCAGUUCUGCAUCAACUUCUGCAACGAAAAACUACAGCAGCUUUUCAUUCAGUUGACUUUAAAAUCUGAACAAGAAGAAUAUCUCAAGGAAGGAAUUGAGUGGGAAAACGUACACUAUUUCAAUAACAAAGUUAUCUGUGAUCUCAUUGAGGAAAAGUACAAAGGAAUAAUAUCUCUAAUGGACGAGGAAUGUCUGCGGCCUGGUGAUCCAACAGAUUUAAGUUUCCUGGAGAAAUUAAAUUCAAAUUUGAGCAGUCAUCCUCACUAUAUUAGUCACAUGAAAGCUGAUAUUCAGACUCAGAAGAUAAUGGGUCGUGAUGAAUUUAGAUUGGUGCAUUAUGCUGGUGAUGUGACCUACAGCGUACGAGGAUUUUUAGAAAAGAAUAAUGAUCUCUUGUUCAGGGAUUUGCGCGAAGUUAUGUCUCACACGACGAAUUCAAUUACUAAGGCCGUCUUUGGUGUCAAGAAGGACUUGUCAAGUAAAAGACGACCCGAAACUGCAGUUACACAAUUCAAGAACAGUUUAAACAAUCUAGUUGAAAUCCUAAUGGGAAAAGAGCCUUCUUAUAUUCGCUGCAUAAAACCAAAUGAUUUCAAAAUGAGCAAUCAAUUCAACGAGAAGAUUGUAUUGCACCAAGUGAAAUAUUUAGGACUAAUAGAGAAUUUACGAGUGCGCCGAGCAGGUUUCGCUUACAGAAAAACUUAUGAAGACUUUUUGCAAAGAUACAAAUCUCUCUGUUCUGAAACCUGGCCACAUUAUCAUGGAUCUGCAAAAGAAGGUGUUCAAGUUUUGGUUUGUCAUUUGGGUUACAAUCAUGACGAGUACCGAAUGGGCAACACGAAAUUAUUUAUACGGUUCCCUAAGACUCUUUUCGACACGGAGGAUGCUUUUCAAAUGAAGAAACAUGAGAUCAUUGCCAUAAUCCAAAGCAAGUGGAAAGGAUUAGUCCAAAGGCGAAAAUAUUUGAAAAUGAAGGGAGCUGCGAUAAUCAUUCAGAAACAUAUUCGCAGGUGGCGUGCAAAAAGAGAAUCGGAAAGAAGAAAGAAAGCUGUAAAUAUCGUACGAAAAUUCAUCCACGGAUUCAUCACGAGAAACGGACCGCCCAAUGGAGACAAUGUAGCUUUUAUAGAAUUAGCCAAAUAUCAGUGGCUAAUGAGGCUCUCCAGAAGUCUUCCCAAAAAUUUACUAGACAACAGUUGGCCUCAGUGUCCACACACAUGUCGCGAGGCUUCAGAAUAUCUAAGAUGCAUGCACAAAAGGUGGUUGGCGAGGAAAUAUAGACUGGGAUUAUCAAAAUCAGACAAGGAUCAAUUCGAGUUGAAGAUCCUGGCAGAAAAUAUCUUCAAAAACAAAAAGAAGUCAUACGCAAAAAGUUUGGGGCCUAAAUUCCAAAAUGAUCGACUUGGUGAAGAUUACAGAGCUCUCAAACAAGCCUUUGUAGCUAAUAUUAUUCCGGGUGGUGAAAACAUCAAGUACGCAACUCCAGUCAUUAAAUAUGAUCGCCACGGUUACAAGCCCAGAGAACGAGUUUUAAUUUUGACCGAAAAGGCAGUAUACAUUCUAGACACAAUGAAAACUUUCAAAUUAAAGCACCGUCUGCCUUACAAAUUAAUCGAAGAAUUGGUAGUUACUGCAGAAUCUGAUAACUUGUUGAUCGUCAGGAUACCGCCGGAAUUAAAAAAAGACAAGGGAGAUUUAAUUUUGGAAGUACCUCACAUUAUAGAGGCUUUGACGAAAGCAAUCGACAUAACAAAUAAUCCUAAAAUCCUAAACAUCGUCAAUAAAGAAUCGUUGUCACACAAACUAGUCAGUGGAAAGGAAGGUAUUAUAGAGUUUACGACGGGCUCAACGCCAGCAAUUAGUAAAAGUAGGGAAAAUGGUCAUCUUCUUGUAGUAGUGUUCCCAUAAAAAAUCCAAGUUUUAUACCCAGGAUAAGGAAACCAAUAAACGUACAUAUUGUACUUAAGAAACGCACAUUAGGGUGGGUCGAAAAAAAUAUAAAUUUUUUACAUAUCUGAGGGUCUUAAACGACUCGUCAAAGUUGUACAGAUUUUUAUUUACAGCCCCAUCAAAAAAUAUUAAAGUUCCGUGAAUCCCUAUUUUUAAAAAAUAAUUUUAAACCCUACAGAAAUGCCAAGAUUAUUUAUUUUUUUAUUACUGGACCCAAAAUUUCAUGUAAAGAAACACACCCACUCAUUUAAUGGAGAGAUUAUUUUUUGAAUUAUUCUUCUUCAACUGACUUUAAAUAUUAUUUUUAACAUUUGAUGAUGUUUUAUUGAUACAAAUAUUCUAGCAACAAUUGAUAAGUUAAAAAUAGAAUUCAAAGUUAGUUGAAAAAUAACUGAAAAAAUUCUCUCUACAUUUCUGCAGAUCUUAAAAUUAUUUUUUAGAAAAAGGGGUCUAAUAAACAUAUAUAAUCUCUGAUGGGGCUCAAAAUAAAAAUCUGUAAACUUUUUGGGAGUCGUAAGGCCUCUAGAAAUGUAAAAAAAAUUAACAUUCACAAAAAUAUAAAAAUUACGAGACUAACAUUUUGUUUUUUCGACCCAGCCUAACGCACAUGUUCCAGAAACUGUAUGUUAACCAAGGAACUGUUAAAUUGAUGUGAUUUAUAAUGAAGCAGAGUAUUACAAAUAAAUAAUAUAUAUGAUAUUGUGGAAAAAAUGUUGAAAUAGUAAGCCGAAAGAUAUUUAACUAUCUAGAAAUAUUGCAUAUAUUAGAGACAGGCAUGGAAAUAAAAUGUAUAAAAAAAAGAGAAAGAACCGUUUCAAAAACAGUUUCUUAUUUUGCAAAUUAUUUAUAUUUUAAAAAAAAAUACUGCUAAAUUGAAAUAAUUUUUUAUCGUAUUUUUAAUGAUAAUGUCGACAAAAAUUUUAUUUCUUCGCCAUCAAAAAUGAACCGUGCCAUUUACAAAAGUUAACAGCGUAUAAGUAAAGAACUUAUAUACGAAAACUUCGAUAAGCUUUCUAUUAAAUAAUUAAUUUUUUUGCAUAUUUGAAGAAAAUUUCAGAAGAUAUUAGUGUUAAAAUAACAUUAUUAUUGUUAAGAAAAUACAGCAGAGCUUCUCGAAAAGUGCAUUCAUUGUAGAAAUAAGAGUACAAUAUUACAUACAGAAUUGUGGAAAUAAAAUAUUUUAUUGUC